UCAAAACUACAACACACAUCUCACGUUGUCGCCCGUCGUCGUUGAGAGCUUUUCACUGGCAUUGUUUGGAAAUAAUUAUCAAAAAUCAUAUCAGAGGGUAGAGAUGGCGUCUGACAUCAGCCAGGAAGAGUGGGAAUUCUCAGACUUGUUUUUCCACUACGGCCCUGGCGAGGAUUUUCCAGCUGGCCAGAACCCAGAUGAUGUCGAGCAGCCCACCCGACUGGAGGUCAGCCAUCACGGCGCAUUUAUUAAGGAAACCCCCUCUAACUGCCCGGGUGAAGAAAGCUCAUCGGAGGCGGUGUUGGACCCUACGGACCUGGGGACAACAUCAGGGAUCAUCUCGGCUCCCAGCCCCAGGAUUGAGAUCACUCCAUCGGGGGAUUCUAUCACUUCUCAGGCCUUACAGCCGAGCCCUGGCUCCAAAGCCCUCGGAGCCUAUCGGGAGUGUGCAAGCCCUGCUAGUAGCAACUCCUCCUCAGGCUGGCCUGCAGAUGGAGGCUCUCCAUCGGCCUCUCCGUGCAUCUCCCCUUCAAGAAGAGGCGCAUGUGCCACAGAGUUGUCCACCCUAGAUCUCUGCCCCUUUCUUCAAGGUAUCCAAACAUCUUCCACCCACUCAUCUCCAGGUGCUAGUGUCACCGAUGAGCUCUUCCUUCUGUCUCAGCACCAAGACACCCCUUCACCACUUGAGCCCCGGCGCUGCCGUUCUGUGUCGCCACAAGGCAAGCGCACCCGCGAUCUGGACCUCUCUUGUCCAGGGGCCUCUCCUAUCAAACAACGCUCCCGGAGUCCGAGCCCAAUCCCGUUGCCCUACAACCUGUUGGGCUUCUACCCAAUCCACCAGAACCAGGCACAUGGCCAGCCCCAGACCCAAGCUCAGGCCUCUGAGCUGGUCCCAGAGGACAAGGUCAGCAUCCUCAAGUUAUCUCAAGAAGCAGUGCAAGGUGCACAUGGGCCGAUCCCAAAUCCAGAUUGCAUGUACAGAGAGGGUCAUGAGUUGGAGAGGGUCAGCAGAUUAGGAUCUGAAGUAAUCUCCGGCAGCUUCUGUGUACUCCCAACUUUGUGGCCUCCGGAUCCAAACCAUGUUGGAGCAUUAGGAGGUCUUUCCUUAGCACCACUACCAUCUUUAGAGUGGCCAUUGCCCAGUCAGUCCAGUCAGUACGAGUUGAUGAUCAAGACCCAGCCAAGGUCUCACCACAGGGCUCACUACGAGACCGAGGGCAGCCGUGGAGCGGUCAAGACAUCAAACGGCGGGCAUCCCGAAGUCCAGCUCCACGGCUAUCGAGGCACGGCCCCGCUGGUCCUGCAGGUCUUCAUCGGGACGGCCGACGAGAGGCUGCUGAAACCGCACGCCUUCUACCAGGCCCACCGAAUCACCGGGAAGACCGUGACUACGCCGAGUUCUGAGAGGAUGGUCAAUGGGACCAAAGUGUUGGAAAUCCCUCUCGAGCCAAAGAACAAUAUGAGAGUGGUGAUCGACUGCGUCGGGAUCUUGAAGCGGAGAAAUGCCGACAUUGAGCUGAGGAACGGCGAGACUGACGUGGGACGCAAGAACACCCGCGUGCGCUUGGUGUUCCGCGUUCACGUUCCACAACCCGGAGGCCAUCUGGUGUCGCUUCAAGUGGCCUCGCAUCCUAUUGAAUGCUCUCAGCAUUCCGCUCUGGAGAUCCCUGUGGUCAAGUCGCAGAGCCUGGACCGAUGUUCCAUACUUGGUGGACAACAAAUGCUCCUGACUGGGCACAACUUCACAUAUGACUCCAGAGUGAUUUUCUCAGAGAGGACACAAGACGGCCAACAAAUCUGGGAGGUAGAGGCCACUGCGGACCGAGAAAAAAGCCAAUCUAAUAUGUUGCUGGUUGCGGUCCCUCCAUAUCGAGAUCAGAACAUUUGUCAUCCAGUCAAAGUCAACUUCAACGUCAUCAACGGGAAGAAGAAGCGCAGCGAACUGCAGCACUUCAUCUACACCCCCCUGAUGGCCAUUAAAACAGAGCCACUGGACGACUGGCAGCUGAAUGUCUGCGAUUAUUCCGACACUCAGCUUCGGCCGGACGCGAGAGUGAAGACGCUAUUGCAUCGGUUGGAGCAAGGGAGCAAUCUUCACCCAUUCGGUGGGCUGGCGUCACAUCCAUUGGAUUACCAACCAGUCAUUUACCAGUCACGGGCGGGCAAUCUAAUCAACAACGGAGACUUUUACCACCCUGCAAACCAGCUUUAUUAUCACAGCUAUGCCGCCACCGUCCAUGGUGCAAUUCUGAAAGCAUCAAACCCUGCCAACAUCCACAGUUCACUCCAUCUCGCUCAAGGUUCUGAUGUCAAAACAGCGAUCGACAAACUGAGUCCAGGCCCUCGGGUCAGACAAACGUUCCAGGCCUAUUCAUCAACACGACAUCAAAAUUCUGUGCAAAAUGCGCCGUCUCUAGGAAAGUCACCACCUUCCAUAUUUGUCCAAGGUGACAUUUGUGAUAAGUCUUUAACCCAGACGGGCUCAAACGGAGCAGACAAAGCGGCUCGGACUCAGGAGAGAGUUACAAUCAAACAGGAGGACCUCACCUGCGUCAACUUAGAGGACGUGAAUGACAUCAUACGAAGAGACUUGAGAGACCACCACAGUGACGCUGGAGUCCUGCAGCAUCCAAGACUUUAAGAGGAGCAACAACAACAACUCACAAUCACGAAAUAAUCAGGAAAAAUUAAAUCCCGCUCGUCACCUACAUCGUCAGCUUUUACACUGUAUUCUUUAUGUUGUCAUCCGUGAUUUUUAUGUCGGCUUUUACAAGUAGCACCUUUCAUGUGAUUGUGCUUAAGUGUGUGUGUAUGUAUAAAGGAGGAAGUGUUCAAACCUUGUCCUCAUAAUCAAAAUGUGACCACAUGUAGUACAUACUGUAUAACGUGUAUAUAGAUAUAUGUAUAAACAUGUAGUUGUGGCUGAGAAUCGUUUUCCCUUGCGCAUGAAACAGCAUGGACGAGUUUGGCAUUUUUGAUUUCCCGUCCUGUGAAGACUGUUUUGUUCCAGAGAACCAAGAAAAUGUGUUUGUGCGAAGGAAAUUUGAGGGGAGACUUAGACAUGGCAAAAAUGUCACAAUAGGUCUUGACGCAUGUGCCAUGAUCCCAAAGCCACAUUUGAGAAGAGAUACGAGAAGUUUGCUAAAAUUGGAGAAGGGGGAUUUGGAUCGGUCUAUGCAGGUCACAGGAAAAUGGACUAUAAUCCAGUGGCCAUCAAAUACAUCCCCAAAGCAAAAGUAAAAAAUGUCCCAUUGAGCAUAGAUGGAAAGGUGCAGAAGGUCCCCUUGGAGGCCAUCUUCAUGCUGCAGGCAUCCAGUAUUAAGAACUCUGAUGGAAAAUCUGCAGUCGUAUCCCUGCUGAACAUAUACGAUCUGGAGAAAGAGGUCGUUCUGGUUAUGGAGAGGCCGGUCCACUCUGUGGCUUUGUCUACGUACUUGACUCGGCGGACGCUUGGUCUCCUCGAGGAGGAUGAGGCGAAGUACAUCAUGAGACAGCUGGUUGACGCUGCCAUCAAAAUGCACGCUGCCAACAUCUUCCAUCGAGAUCUAAAGCAGGAAAACAUUCUGCUAGAGGCCUCGCCCGGUGUCACCCGAGUGCGGGUCAUCGACUUUGGCUGUAGCUGUUUAGUCAGCAUGGAACCGUACCGCGACUAUUUUGGUAAGACACCGAGUUUCGACACUGAUGAUGUGUGGCAAUUGCAAGUGUCACUGUUGUUCUCCCUCCAUUCCGUUGAAGGAACCCUAAAUUACGCUCCUCCAGAGUAUAAGCAUAACCGUCCGUAUUGCGCCGGUCCCACCACAGUGUGGCAUUUGGGUGCGCUACUUUUUGAGCUGCUGGAUGGAACGCAACGAUUUGACACGUGCGUGUUCCUAUCCAAGGGGCUUCAACUCAAUAGGGAUCUGUCUGAAGGUGAGAUAUUCUGAAUACUUUCUGUUGCCGUGAAAGUAUACCGACAGGCCAUGUAGCCCAGUGGUUUUCAAACCUUCUACACUACACACAACUAACAAAAAUGAUUAGCGCCCAAAGCAAAUGGCUAACAAUAAAAUGCAGUUACGCGGGCUUUAUUCCUAAAACAUACUGUAUAUGCAAUAUUAUUGUAAGUUGCUGUAACAUGAUACUAGUUUGAAACAUUGAUGCUACACUUAAAUACAUUUCCAAGCUCUUGUCAUUGUAACAAUGCAAAUUUUGAACAUUCAGUCGUCCACAUACCAAUAUAGGCAGCUCAUGUACCACAAUUUAUGCAUCCCUGCUGUACCCUAAACAUAAUUUUGCUCUGUCGUUGCCAGAUUGUGGGGAUUUAUUAUGGAUGUGCUUGAGUUUAGAGCCGACUCAACGUUGCACCUUGGACCAAAUGCAGUGGCACCCAUGGCUACUCUGAUAAAUCUCCUCGACCCCCACCAAUACCACCUUUUUUUUUUUAAUGUUGA